AUGGCAGAGGAAGUAUGGGUGGGCACCUGGAGGCCCCAUCGCCCCCGGGGGCCCAUCAUGGCCCUCUACAGCAGCCCAGGACCCAAGUACUUGAUUCCACCCACCACGGGCUUUGUGAAGCACACACCCACCAAGCUGCGUGCACCAGCCUACAGUUUCCGUGGGGCCCCCAUGCUCCUGGCAGAGAACUGCUCCCCAGGGCCCCGCUACAGCGUGAACCCCAAGAUACUGAGGACUGGCAAGGACCUUGGCCCUGCCUACUCCAUCCUGGGGCGCUAUUGUACCAAGACCAUCAUGACCCCUGGCCCCGGUGACUACUUUCCAGAGAAAUCGGCCAAGCACGUGUUUGACUCAGCACCCAGCCACUCCAUUUCUGCCCGAACCAAGACCUUCCAAGUGGACAGCACCCCAGGCCCUGCCGCCUACAUGCUGCCUGUGGUCAUGGGGCCCCACACCGUUGGCAAGGCGUCCCAACCCUCCUUCUCUAUCAAAGGCCGCAGCAAGCUGGGCAGCUUCAGCGACGACCUUCACAAGACCCCAGGUCCUGCAGCCUACCGCCAGACGGAUGUGCAGGUGACGAAGUUCAAGGCUCCACAAUACACCAUGGCAGCCCGGGUGGAGCCCCCAGGGGACAAGACCCUCAAGCCAGGACCAGGAGCCCACAGCCCUGAGAAGGUGACAGUGACCAAGCCCUGUGCCCCCAUCGUCACCUUCGGCAUCAAACAUUCUGACUACAUGAUGCCCCUCGUGGUGGAUGUGGAAUAG